UUCAAUGAGAAGAGCAUGGAUGAGAAAAACAAAAUUGGCAGGAGGAUGGGUGAGACGAGACCAGGGCUUAAAUCGAUGAGAAAAUCUGUGGUCCAGCAAGGAGCAAGAGGAGCAGGAGCAGGAGCAGGAGGAGGCAUUUCGGGGGCAUACAAGGAAGUAGCUCAAGUGCACGAGCAUGCACACAGUCACGCCCACGGCCAUCCGGCGCUCUUCUCGGCCGUCCCCACGCUCGAGUUGACUGCCCGGCACGUGCACCCCCACCCGGUCCCCGCCCCGGCCCCGCCGCCGGCCCGCAGGAAGGUUAGUGAUGAGACGAAGGAAGAGGUACAAGAAGAAGACGAAGCCACCCUCAGGGAGUUGCUUAUGAGGUACCUCCUGGCAUUUUCAGUGGAAUGGGAAUCCUGUGCUGUGAGUGGUCUAUCAAGCACUGCACCUGUAGGUUCUUUCUUAAAAAGAUGUGACGAUGCUCCCUAUUCUGCGCCCUCCAGCAUGAUGGCUACGUAUAGGAUUUUCCAGGAUUUAAGUGGAGGCAGCCGGGAGUACGGUCUGCAGAAGCAGGUGAGCGUGAUGAGCACAAACCUGAGCAACAAGCUGGAUGAGCUGCAGGCGAGAGGAGACCGACAAUUUGAAACGUCUGUAGCACUGUGCGAGAUCCGGACCCAGCUACAAGAGCUCACAAAAUCAGUCGAGUCGUGCCAGAGUGAAGUGAGUGAGGUGAAGCGUGAUAUGGUGGCCAUCAAGCACGAGCUGGAUACUGUCCAGCAAGUGAAAGAAGAGAUUGAAGAACUGCGUGAAUUUGUUGAUCGACUGGGCGAGCAGAGUCAUCGUCGUAAGCUUCGCCUUCUAGAACAGGGACUGACAUUCUUCCUGUCAUAUGCAAUCCUUGCCGCAGUUUUGGGAAUGCUGCAAUUUGGCUACAACACGGGGGUUAUCAAUGCUCCACAAGGGAAUAUUGAAAAUUUUAUGAAGGAUGUGUACAAAGAUAGAUAUGGUGAAGAUAUGAAAGAAGAAACUGUGAAAUUCUUCUACUCCAUCGCUGUAUCAAUUUUUGCCAUUGGAGGCAUGUUUGGUGGUUUUAGUGGGGGUAUGAUAGCAAACAGGUUUGGCAGGAAAGGUGGUUUGCUCCUCAAUAAUGUCCUGGGAAUAGGUGGAGCCUGCCUCAUGGGUUUCACUAAGAUAGCCCACUCAUACGAGGUGCUGUUCCUUGGCCGGUUCAUCAUUGGAGUCAACUGCGGUCUGAACACAUCACUGGUGCCGAUGUACAUCUCUGAGAUAGCACCUCUGAACCUUCGUGGAGGGCUAGGUACAGUUAACCAGCUUGCUGUCACGGUUGGUCUCCUACUCUCGCAAGUUCUUGGAAUAGAGCAGAUUCUGGGAACUGAUGAUGGGUGGCCUGUGCUGCUGGGUCUUGCGGUCUGCCCUGCUGUCCUACAGUUAAUUUUGCUACCGGUCUGUCCAGAAUCACCUAGAUAUUUGCUCAUAACAAAACAGUGGGAAGAAGAGGCAAGAAAAGCUCUCCGUAGACUGCGAGCAUCAAACCAGGUAGAAGAAGAUAUAGAAGAAAUGAGGGCAGAGGAGCGUGCUCAACAAGCAGAAGCAACAAUAUCAAUGAUGGAGCUCAUUUGUUCACCAACACUGAGGUCCCCACUCAUCAUAGGUGUUGUAAUGCAGCUUUCGCAGCAGCUUUCAGGGAUCAAUGCUGUGUUCUACUACUCAACAGACUUGUUUAAAAACUCAGGACUUACUGAGGAAAGUGCCAAAUUCGCUACAAUUGGCAUUGGUGCCAUUAUGGUGGGCAUGACACUUGUUUCUAUACCACUCAUGGACCGCACCGGUCGGCGCACACUUCAUCUGUAUGGCCUGGGAGGAAUGUUCAUUUUCUCCAUAUUCAUCACCAUUUCAUUUCUAAUAAAGGAAAUGAUAGACUGGAUGUCGUACCUAUCUGUUGUAUCAACACUGAGUUUUGUGGUCUUCUUUGCUGUCGGCCCUGGCUCCAUACCAUGGAUGAUUACAGCUGAGCUCUUUUCGCAAGGACCACGGCCUGCUGCCAUGUCCAUAGCAGUCUUAAUUAAUUGGAUUGCAAACUUCCUUGUUGGCAUAGGCUUCCCCAGCAUGCAGAAUGCGCUGGAGAACUACACUUUCCUCCCAUUCAGCGUUUUCCUGGCCAUCUUCUGGACAUUUACGUACAAGAAGGUUCCAGAAACUAAGAACAAGACUUUUGAAGAGAUCUUGGCUCUUUUCAGACAUGGGAAUGGAAGGGGAAGUCUUCGGGACAGUAGGUUGUAUGGGAGCAUGCUAAACUGUGUGAAUGCGAUAGAGCAGCGCAUGCCUCCGACAGAACGAGCAGCGUUAAUGGUGGCAGAGGAAAAGCCACACCCUGACUCAUCGCCGAGCCCGUUUGAAAGAAGAACAUUUUCGAGUAAAUACAAUCCGAGGAGGCAUUCUGCAUAUGCUACAGUACCAGCUGCCUCCGAGCGCUCAUCGCGAGAACUCGUUUCAACUGCUGCUUUGCUGACCAGCAGGACACAGGCCCCCCCGCUACCCCCACCACGGUUCCCGAACAGUGCUGUCUGACACUGGGAGACUCUUAACGUCGGUAACUUCUCAGUGUCGCUGACGAUGCUGGAAGGCCGACUGUAUGGGCUGGUGUCGGAGCAUGGCAAGGCCUGCUUCGUGUACCUGCGCCAUAGCCUGCGGCGCUGAGCUCCAGUGGGAGGGAGACAUCUCCAGCUCCACCAAUGGGCUGUUUCCUUGCAAACACUGUUGAGACCGGAAUCUGGUUGCCUCCGUCGAACGUGUUCACGAGGACCUGUGAGAUCUGUUGGGUAAUGUGGUGGGUUUUGAAUUUGAGAAACAUUGCUUGAAUAGUCUUAUCACUUUUUUAUAUAGACUGGUGGAGCGAGAUAACCAUUGGGAGGGAUGCUGUUGCCGUGUGGACAGUGCCGUUUUCCACAGUGUGAUGUUAUAAAUUUCAAUCUUCCUUUUUUUAGAAAUGACUUGUAUGAAUUUAUCACAUUCAUAAAUAUAGAAAACAAUGGAAAAAUACACAGGCCACUAGAUUCAGCAAACAAAUACAACUGAUUCCCUGUUCCUCAAGCUCCACAAUCAUCCUCUAGCCAUCCACGGUAACAUGCCAUUUUCAACUCUACAAGGUGCGGGACACCUGUACCAUUGAACCCUUCCCUUUCUGACAAUUUCUGGCAACUUAACUUGUAAGUUGCCUGUGGCACUAAUAUCAAUCCCAAACCCAGCGCAAAAUCAAAUAGAAAAUAUAAAAAUAAUAAGUGAAACAAUUUUUUACAUCCACUGUACCGUCGUGUAUAUAAAAUUUCGCGACAAAUUCUAAGUACGUACACUGCCAGGACUUUAAACUUAAAGCAUUAAGAAAUAUUCAAAAGACUAGAAAUAUCUUCUCCUCUGUAAAUAAAUUGUUAUAAGGGAGAGUAUCUCCUGUCGUAAAAGGACGGAUUGGUGUUAUUUUUUUUUAAACUUGUGUACUUGUAAAACUGACGUCACCAGCGUUCAGGUGCUCAAUUUUCAAUAGUUGUCACCAGAGUAUGGAUCAGGACAUGUUUAGUAGUAGUAUAACUAGGCACAAGCAGAAUAAAAAUAGUGUAAAUGAAAAAGAUAUAUAUAUAUAUGUAUAUAUAUAAAUAUAUAUAUAUAUACACACACACACAUAUAUAUAAAUAAACAUAUUGCAUAAGAGUUUCCUGCCCCGCCCUUCCAUUUCCUCACCAAAUCAGAUUACCCUUCUGUCCCUCUUUCCCUGCCGUCACUACUACAGUGGGUUGGUUUGUUGUGUUGGUUUGUCCCUGAGCAGCAAGGCUGCUACCGCACGUGUGUGUUGUGUGAGGGCCCGGUGGCGGUUCCCGCGAGAUCCCGGUGCCAGCGGCUGAUAGAGGAGAGCCUGAGUGUACGACCAUCUUCGUGCCUCCACCACUUCUUCCCUCAGAGAAGAGCAACCGUGUCCUGCCCUCAGGCCUCAGACAACUGGGAAUACUCUGGAACAGUUGUAAUAUAACUGGAAAACAGACAAUUCUAUCCAACGAAAUGUGCACAGCUGUUUUUUUUACUUUAGUUAUUUUUUUAGAAGAGUUUGUGCACGUGAGCUGAGUAAACUGUUAGCGCACACUGAACUCUUGGAGUUGUUUACUGUUAUGAAGCAGAGAUGAAAGUUAUAUAUACAUUCUGUGUACACUAAACUACUGCCAUUUAGGAAGAAUGAGCAAGUGGAGACUGGGACUGUUGUUUGAGUGAUUUUAUGUGGUAGGAAAUGGGACCAGCAACUCACCUGCCAGGGGAAACAACUAACAUAAAUCCAGAAGGGGUUGACAUUACGGAAAUGUGUGAUAUUUGGCAGGUGUUUAAUUGAGGAUUUCAUCUUGGGUACAGGUAAACUGUUUCUCAGCAUUUGUUUUUGUCAUAUUGUUUUCAUUUUCUGUAGCUUAGUGAUUCACUGCCACUGUGCUCAUGAGAGGAAUAGUGACAGCGAGAAAAGUUUGCCUGUUACUUGAGAAAAAGUGCAUUCACCUGCCAUUUAAUUUUGUGAUCAAGCCAUAAUGCCUUUAUUUAACAAAAAGGAAUAAAGAUUUAGUUAUCAACAUUUUUAGGGAUAUGAUGUGUUUGGAAUCUUGCCAGAUUUAUUGUAUCAUAACUUGUGGACAUGCACGUCAUGUGCUGCAGGGAAAAGGCCUAGUUUGUGAUCAUACUGUGGAGGGCUUCCGGAUCAAAUAAUAAAUUAUAAUAAGAGGGGACUUGAAUAAUGUUUGUAUGUGGGAAUAUGAACCAAACUGCAUGUGCUUGAUGCAAUCAACUUAAAUGAGGUUUUAAAACACUUUUUUCUUUCAUUGCAAAUUCAGUGUAGUACUGUCAGAGUUCAUUUUCAAAAUCAGAAAUUCAGACCAAAAAUUAAAAAUCAUGAUCAACCUUACUAAAUUCAGAAACAUAAUUGCAUAUUAAAUCUGUGAUGGCAGGCAGUUAUUCUGUCCUACAUGGUGAAAUUACAAAUGUCUAAAACUACAGUUUCUAUAUAAUGAUGAAGUUGAAAGAUAUCUAUAUUAGGUUCAUUUUUGAAAUUCCUAUUAAUAGGUAUUAAUUUUUUGGCAAGGGAAUGUAUAAAUUAAUGUAAUUAGGAAACUUACUAUAGUAAUUAUUAUAGCAAAUCUGAAAAAUGUAAAACUAACGGUUCUAGCAAUCUGUUGUGAUUCGCAAAGUUUGGAAGAAUGACGUCUGAUAGAGCGGGAACAUUUCUGACCUCUUCAAAAUAAUUAAUCCUGACCCUCCAUACCCCGCGCAUUGGGCGUCAUUGCAGGAGACAAGUGUUAUUCUAAAUGUAAAUAUUGUUAUGUACUUAAGACUCAUAUUCCUGAUGAAUGAACUGCAUAUUGCUUAUGUUAUUCAGUUUAUUUUUUAAAGGUUCUGUGUAUGUAUGCAAGACAAGAAGUACAGUAGCAGAAUAUGCAUAAUUCCUAGAUUUUAGCCAUCAGUUGGAUCUGUUAGAUAACUUGGGGAGUACGGAUGACGUUCCUCAGUAUUUGCUGAUAAGAAUAAGAAACACAUUAUUAUGAUUAUUAUUAUGAUUAUUAUAAUUCUAAUAUAGAAAUAAAUUUUGUGGACUUGGUGCAGCACAAGAAUCCACUACUGAUGUUGAUAGCUCAUGUCUUCAUUUCUUCAGUGCCAGUUUCUUUUAACCCACAUAGGGUGCAAGGGAAUAGGCAGUGUAAUAAACGUGUGGUUCUUUAGAGAAAAUUUUUGAGUCACCAGUCAUGUAUGAAAGUCUUCCGAAAUGUUGUAAUAAUUUUAUGUGAGCAAGUCCAGAAUUUUAAAUAAAGUAAUCAAAAUUUAAGACCCUAUAAAAGAGGGGAAAAGAAAGGCACACACAUACAUUCUGUUUGCUGCAGCCCAAAAACUUUUUAACAGUUAUCAUGUAUUAAAGAAAAGUUUUUCUUUGACACCCACGAAUGUUACACUGCCACUGCAGAAGGAAUAAUAUAAGAGUAAAAUAACUCUAUCAACAUAGAAAAAAGAUUGUGUUGUGUCAAUUCAGCAGCAGAUUUCAGCUGCUGCAAUGCUGCUACGGAAAGAUACAGUGUGUAAAGUUCCAUGAAUGCAAUA